UCGUACAGAAGUUGAAAAACUGGUACAACUCUUAGAAAAGUAAAAUCUGAUGUCAUCCAUUUUCCUUUAGUAAUGCUUCUGUUUAAAAGGAACUUUUUGGAAAGAAAGUUCUUUAAAAGAACUCUUUGGAAAGAAGGAAAGUCAAAGAAAACAGUGUUUCUUUGACCUUGUACCUGUUCUGAAUAUUUCGUUAAACAAAUUGAAUUUGAGAGAUUUCUAAACAAUAUAUGUUUCAUAUAUUUGCGAACGAGAUCCAAGAUCUAAUUUUUUUUUCCAGAGUUAUCACCAAGAGGAUGUAGAAAAAUGCUGAGCAAGUCAUAUGUGACAUUUAAGAUACCUUGCAAUCUGUAUUUGAAAUGUUGGUCAAAAUGUAUUCAAAGCAAAAUUUUACUGCUUGCGUAUAAUAUUCAAGUAUGAAUGGUACAAUUUGAAAGAACUAGGCUUUUGAAAAUUUGGCAAUACUCAAAGAUGAACAUAUUGACAACUACUUAAAUUAUUUCUGUGCUUUUCCCACCAGCUACAUGUGGUACUUUGUUUCAAAAAUCAGCUUUAAUCAAAACUUUUGAGCCUAAAAAAAAGCCAUGAAACCCAUCUGCAAACCGCUGUGUUACUUCUUCCUGUAUUUACUGAAAGGCUUUAAUUCCAAGUGUGCUAGCAUUAAAACAUUCUUUAAAAUGAUGGGUGUAAAUACACGGGCUUAAUUUUGAUUGCAUGUUGUAUCAUGAAGAAUUGAAAAUUAUUCUUUGGAAGAUUUGUAUUUCAAAAGCUUAAAUGCUUAAUGCUAAGCUAGAAAUUUGCUCAUCUUUAUUAAUGCAGUGAUUAUAAUGUGGCCAAAACCAGCACUGAACGUAUGAAGCUACAAAGUUAAGUGUGCUUUCAAAAUGUUCUCAUUUUACUUCUGCUGUUAAUUGUAUAGGCUUAAUAUCUGUCUAAAUUUUUAUUUUAGAUUAGAGUUGUUGGGGCUGGGUUCUUGGUGGUUGUUCUUCAUUGUUUAUUUUCUCUUUUUUUUUUUUUCUUGUAUAUGUCCAUAGUAAAUCUGUUGUAGUAUCCCUGCAAAACCCCAGCUUCCUUUCAGAACAAGGCUCCUCAAAAUACAGUCUUAUUCCUGGGAUCAGGGUGAGAGUGAACCUUGGCUACUCAUCAGCGUGUGUAGUGAGUUGUGGAAGGUACUUUUGGUAUUACAAAGAGUCAAUUCAAACACCUGUAUUGACUGCAAAAGUGAAGCGAAACGAUGUCGCUUUGCUUGAUGUGGAGGCUUUGAUACACGUUGGCUUCUGCUGAUUUGUGACGUUUUAAGAGUAUUCAAAAAUUGAUGAAAGAAGUAGGUGCUUGGAUCCAUAGUAGGCUUGAUGGCCAAGCUGACUUUACAGAAACCCAGUUGCCACAGCUGGUUUGAAAUGGGUUUAUUUGGAUUUGAAUUACUUAAAUUGAUGUACACUUGGUGAUUCUGAACAUUUAUUAAUGUCAUCAAAGACAUUAGGCUUCAGUGUACGCAUGACCUCUGCUGCAGUAACUUGUAGGAACUUUAAGAGGCUUCAGAAAGGACUGUUAUUCUCUGUUAAGAAAAAAGAUUGAUUAUGAGAUAGCCGCACAGACUUGUAUUUGGAUUUUAUCCACCUCUAUUUUUAAAAGACUACCUAAUUUUGUUUUCUGCUGGAAAUAAUACUUCUAGUGGCUUGCCUUGCUAGUAGCAAAUCUAAUUUCACUUCUAAAGUGAUCCUGUAGAUCUGGGCUGGCUCUGUGCUGUUUGGAAACUGGUAUUCAGUAAGUGAAGAAUUAAAAGAAAGAUGGCAGGUGGAAAGAAGUUACCAGAAAUUAGAAGAAGGUUUAGAAGAUGCUGUGGUUUACCCAACAAUCUGUGGAGCCUGGCUGGGUGAAACGCAGUCAUUUCUUAGAAACCUUUAAGGCAUAGUUCAAGCAACUUCUUUCACAAUGAGAAAUUUUGAUUUUACAGGCAUUUUACAGAUGCUACCUCCUAAUCCUAAAUUCUCCUUUCCCACAUGCAUUUGUGCAGUCUCUGCAAAUCCUCAAGAGGUCUCUUCUGAUGUUGGCUUUCCUGUUUGCUUUUCAUCUGUCACUUGGACUUCUGAAUCAUUUUUAUCAUGAAUGUUUUUAUAAGCUUAUUGCCCUCUGUACUCCUGCUUUUAAAGUCAGAGGCAACAAAUGAUCCAAUUUCACAAAAAUUAGGCUGAUGGAAAUAAAAACCUUGUUACAAGCACGGAAGCCUUGUAUGGCACAGAAGGAAAUGAAGGGAGAUUCCUAGAGAGAACAGAGGACUUGUCAGCAUAUUCAGGAAAGGGCAGAAGAUACAUAAGGAUUUAUCCAUGUUUCUAAAAAUUCACCUAGUAGUUCUAUAGGGCAACCAUGUUUUGUAUUGUUUUAUGUCCACUGUGUUCCAUCUCCAUGGUGGAACUUUAGAAGCUGGAGUGUCUCACUGUAAAUCUGGGGAUUCCCUGAGAUCCACCUCUCCUUUCUCCUAGGAGCAGAAGAUGCCAAUAUACACUUUCCAACCCCAGUGGUUGAGAUGUCACCAGUCAUUGCCCCAUGAUGGUGUAGGUUUUAUGACAGCAAGAAAAGAGCUGGAAAAGGCAAGGGCCUAGCUUAAAAGCACAGGGAUUGAAAUGAUUCCUAAUUAUUUGUGUGCUCAAAUCUGCUCAAGUGUUGCUCAGUACAUACCUAAAUCCUACAUCUGAACAUUGCACAUACAAGAAUACUUUUUCCCCCUGUGUUUUUUCUAAAAUAAGGUACUUACUUGGCUUCCUGAGACAGAUGCUGGAAAUAGCAAUUAUUUUUGCAGACAGCAGGAGGGAUUCAGGAAAUAAAGGUCAAGAGUACCUGCUUCUUUUUGCUUUCAGAAUAAGAGAAGUCAAAGCAUGGUACACUAGAAGAAACUAGAUGCCACUAUUUAUUUCUUUGCUCCCUCUGUUUCUCGUAACCUUAAGUACUUCUUUACCCUGCCACAUACACCAACAUUUUUGUUUGUUUUCUUUCGUGCAUUUGAAGUCAGCUGAGAUAACUCAUACCCUUUUUAGUUUGGAAACUUUGAACUCUCUCAGAGGUCUCUAUUAAGCCUGCAGCCAAAAAAUUCCUAGAUAUCUACUGUCCAUUCUGAAAGUAAUCUUUUUUUUUUUUAAUUUAACGUUUUGUAUCUUUCCAACCCUAACCCUGAGGUUCUACAUUGGAAACUCAAACUUGAGCCAUUUAACAGACUCAGUAAAUAUAUUUGCAGUAACUAAGAACCGUUCUUGAACACUUGUUUCUGACUGCAGAAGUGGAGCCAGGAUGGAGUGUGCAGUCUUUUUCAUCUUGAGGAAGAUGAUGACUUUCAGUAUAUGGAUCAUGACUAUGAAGUACCACAGCAAAAAGGUUUGAAGAAGAUAUGUAGCAAGGUGAAAUGGACACGUGAAGAGGAUGAAAGGCUAAAGAAGCUGGUGGAACAAAAUGGUACAGAUGAUUGGGCUUUCAUUGCUAGUCAUCUACAAAAUCGUUCAGAUUUUCAGUGCCAGCAUCGAUGGCAGAAGGUACUAAACCCAGAAUUGAUUAAAGGUCCCUGGACUAAAGAAGAAGAUCAGAGGGUUAUUGAAUUAGUUCAGAAGUAUGGUCCAAAGCGCUGGUCUCUAAUUGCAAAACACUUGAAAGGAAGAAUAGGCAAGCAGUGCAGAGAGAGAUGGCAUAACCAUCUCAAUCCUGAGGUAAAAAAGUCUUCGUGGACAGAAGAAGAGGACAGAAUAAUCUAUGAAGCUCACAAGCGUUUGGGAAACCGAUGGGCUGAAAUAGCCAAACUUCUUCCUGGAAGGACUGAUAAUUCAAUUAAAAAUCACUGGAAUUCAACAAUGCGGAGAAAGGUGGAACAGGAAGGAUAUUUGCAAAGUGUUAUAAAGUCUGAAAGCACUAGUUCUUCUGAACAUCAGCCCCAACCUUGUCUGACUAUGGAACACUUGCACACUCAGAAUCAGUUUUAUAUGCCUGUUCAAACACAUAUUCCAGCCUAUCAGUAUGCUUCAUCAGAAGGCAGCUGUCUAGAACAUGCUCCAUCAUCUUCCAACAUAGUUCAGCAGCCAUUUAUUGAUGACGAUCCUGAUAAAGAAAAGAAAAUAAAGGAACUCGAAUUGCUACUUAUGUCAGCAGAGACUGAAAUCAGAAGAAAACAAAUGUCUUCUGUAAGGACUCAAGCUGGAAGCUUACCUUGUUGGUCUGGAAGUUUUGUCAUGGAAGACUGUAUGCCUAAUACACUAAAUAGCCUUGAGGAACAAACAAGUGAUUUCUACAGCAUGGAUGAGACUCGAAUCACACCUGUUCAGCAGAAUUCACCACCUAAAUAUUUGGGUGUUGAAGCAAAUAGAAUGUUAACACCUCUACAAACCAUUCCAGAAUUUGCAGAGACACUAGAUCUUAUGGAAAUUGAUCCGGUAGCGUGGAGUGAUGUCACCUGUUUUGAGCUUUCAGAGGCUGUUGUAUCUCCUGUCAAGUCAGCUCCAGUAAAACUCAUGCGGCUUCAACACAAUGAAGGAGCUCCUGAGUGCCAGUAUAAUGUUGGUGUUAUGCUGGAUGGCAAAAACCACAGUAGUAGCAUCAGUGGAGAUGAAGAAACAGUUUUUUCAACAACCUCAAACUUAACUAAGUUCAGCAAUCCACCUGCUAUCCUGAGAAAGAAAAAGAGAUUGCGUGUCGGGCAAUCACCAGUCAGUGAUCUGAACGACGGCUUGUGUAAUGAUGCUGUCAAUGUUGCACUAAAGCGUACGCCAGUGAAAACACUACCGUUUUCUCCAUCACAGUUUUUCAACACUUGCUCUGCAAAUGAACAAUUUAACUUUGAAAAUCCAGCAUUUACAUCAACUCCAAUCUGUGGGCAGAAAGUUCUUAUUACGACUCCUCUACACAAGGAAAUGACACCACAAGAUCAAAAGGAAAAUGUGGGUUUUAGAACUCCCACAAUGAGAAGGUCUCUUUUGGGUUCAACACCAAGGACACCAACUCCUUUUAAAAAUGCUUUGGCUGCUCAGGAAAAAAAGUAUGGUCCUCUCAGACUUAUGUCACAACCACUUGCCUUCUCGGAGGAAGACAUUAGGGAAGUUUUGAAAGAGGAAACUGGAACAGAUAUAUUUCCCAAGGAGGAAGAUGACACUGUGUAUAAAAACUGCAAGCAGGAGCACAACUCUUCUAAAAAAGUCAGAAAAUCUCUGGUCCUAGAUUCACAGGAAAAAGAAGAGGUUGGUGCCCAGCGCUUCACAGAAGAUAAUAGUUUAGAUAUACAAUCAAAAAAUGCAUAUACCACAUCUUUAUUAAUGACACCAUUGUUGGAAAUACAGGACAACAGAUGUAACCUGACAUCAGAAAAACAGGAUACAAAUCCGGCAGACAAAGCAAAUGCAGUAAUUAAGAAGAAACUGAAUGCAUGUGCUUCAAAAAAUGUCAAAAUGGAGAAAGCUCUUCAGCCAAAUCGUGACUGGGAAGCAGUUGUUUAUGGAAAAACAGAAGACCAGCUUAUCAUGACUGAACAAGCGAGGAGAUAUCUGAGCACAUACACAGCUACCAACAGCAAUUCAAGGUCUCUGAUACUGUGAUGGUCACUGCAACUGACAACCAUCUCUUUCCAUUGAAACUGAAACAAUGUUAAAUGCGAUUCCAGUACGAUAUUGUGAAUUAAGUCUUGUCUUUGAGAGAGUCUGCCAAGGGAAACCUUAAAGCUACCUUAAAGCUUCCUUUCUUCUUUUGACUGACAAAGAACAGACGUGAAGCUCUUGCAUACUUUACGAAGGGAUACUGCAAACAGUUCUGCAAUGAGUUUCUUAAAUAUUAGAAGCGUAAUGCCCUACAAUAACAUAAAGAAGGGGAAAAUGCAUUUCAGUAUUGCCAACAUACAGUUUUUAGGUUUAUUUUUCAUAUUUAUUCUUUUGACUUGCAUUGCAUUUUUUAUCUGUUGGAGCAUUUUCAAUAUAGAGUAGGUUUAUAGGUUGUUUCUGGUUUUCAAAUGAGCAAGAUACAUGACUGAAUAUGCUUUUGCUUAUGUAGCAUUUUUCUAGUAUAUAAAGAAACACAACAGAAAGAAGUACAAAGGAAGGAUAGAAAGUUGCACUACUAAUUUUUUUGGUAUGCUGCAAAACAAUGGAAUUAACUACAGUGUUAAAUAUAUUUAUUUGCAAAUGGUACUAGAAGUAGGCAGAGGGGGUGAAUUAAGUUUAGUGUAAAGCAUCAGUAUUUUCUUCAUAAAUCUCAAAAUGAGAUGAUUGUUGAAUGUAUUGUACAGUAUGUAGGAACAAGGAAAAUUUUGUAAAUUGGAGAGGAUUCUGUUUUUAUAAUUUAUUUCCAUUUCAAAGCUUAAAUGUAGAUAUUUAUAUGUAUGCAGGUUGUCUAGAGGCCAAUGUUGUUUCCUGUUAAAACAGCUAAAAUGAAAAAAGGACAAGUUUAAAAUAUGUGGAAUAGCAGAAGAAUUACAGUGAAGUGUAAAAAUCUAUACUGUAUGUGUUACAUCUGCGUAAGGAUUGCACUAUAGCCCUAAAAUCAUGUUGGUCUACAACAUAAUGACAAGGUAUACCUGUAUUAUACAGCAACUGUUCCUGUUCCUUGUUUAAAUAUAUUUAGAAAGAAAUGGUGGGGUCUUACAUGAGACCCAGGAGUACUUUGUCCUGCAUAGGAACUAAAAACUAAUGCAUUUUCAAUAUAUAUAUUUUAUUCUUUUUUUUUUUUUUUAAAGAAACUUGGCACCUUGGAUCUCAAAACAAUUGUAUCUGCACUUGACUUUGACCAUUAUAUACUGACUAAAUGUUUGAAGAGCAAAGAGAACAUUCUUUUAUUUAUGAAAAGUCUUUGUCCUUAUUUAAAGGUAUACAGGUCACAACACUUGCUUUAGUUGCCUAUUUUAGGUAUUUGCACUUAUUUUAUGUCUUUAUUUUUGGUUUUGAAAAAAUGUUUUGGUUUGCUUUUGUUGUAGAGAUUUUUACGUAGUUAAUUUUGAGCAAGUUAUAAUGGUGUGCUCUCAACAAAUACUGACAGGUAAAUAGAAUUGUACACUGUAGUUUUAGUUAUUUAUAAUUCAGACACUCUUCCUCUCCACUCCCGGGUGUGCUGCUACAGAUAGUGGCAGAAUCGGCUUGCUGCUAUGAGAGAUGGAAAGAGCGAGCAUCAUAUGCACUGUAUGUAAAAUUACAUGAUGUCAGGUUCUCUAGUUAACUUUAUGAGAUCAACCAGUACUAUGCAGGGUGUGGAAACUGUUCCUAACACUGUAAUAUCAAAGAUGGUAGAAAAGAAUGUAUUUAUGGAGAAUUUUAACAUGUGAUGAGUGGCACAAGGAAGGUAAUGGGUUCUUAAACUUUUUUUAAACAUCUCAAAGCAUAUAUAAUCCUUGUUUUUAAGAGCUUUUUAAUAUUGGCUCCGAUAGUAGUAGGCACAAACAUUUUUAGCAGUUUUUAAUUCACAUCAAAAUUUCAAGGGGGGUGGGAAUCCUAUAUAAACAAGGGAUCAGAAAAUGCCCAUCAUGCCAGGAUUACUCCUCACCUAUGACAAUUUAGAGGAGUCAAUUCUUGGCAGUACUAGAUUUUAGGUGUGUGUUACCAGAGUGGAUUUAACAGCAACAUUUAGUGCUGGAGACAUCAUUUAAUUCACAGAAAAUGAAAUCAGACAUUGAGAGAAUUAAUAUCUAGAAUCUGGAUGGUAUAUUUCCAUAGAAGUGGCAUCACCAAAAGUACCUGUACCAAGUUUAAGCAUAGAUUUAUGGUGAAUAGUAAUAAUUUCUGUUGGUAUUGGUUGGAUCGUUUAGUUAACUCCUACUUUGUUACUUUAGCAGGAAGGUUUUAAUCUUUCAUAUGUCAGGCAUCUUAUUACUUUUUGAAUGUUGUGUGCAUUUGCAUUUCUUUCACUUGAUAGGUAAAUUGUACAUGCAGCAGCCAAACUUGCAUGAAACCUAAAUACAUAUUACUCCAUAUUUUUGUUCUAAGGUUUGACAGAAUGUGCAACAAAUGCCUUGUUUAUCUUAGUUUUUGUUGUACUACAAACUUUACUUUUAUAUAAGAGAAUCUCGCAAUACAGACCACGUUAAUGUCAGAAAUAAAGCAUCUAU